CGAGUGUCUGGAGCUGGCUGCUCAUCUGGGGUUCCCUCUUCAACCGUUGCUGCUCCAGGAGCAUCCAGCUGUCUGUGCAACACCCUCUGUCACCGUGUGACCUGCAGGUACUGGGAGAUCUGUAGGGAGGACACCGCGACAUCUCUGAAGCUGGGAAAUGGAACUGUUGACAUUCAAGGAUGUGUCUGUAGAGUUCUCUAUGGAUGAGUGGGCCUGCCUGGACCCUGCUCAGCAGACUUUGUAUUGGGACGUCAUGUUGGAGAACUACAGACACCUGGUCUUCCUAGGUCUUACGCUCUCUAAGCCCGAUGUUAUCACCUGUCUGGAGCAAAGCAAAGAACCCUGGAAGGUGAAGACACAUGAGACAGUAGUCAAGCCCCCAGCUAUAUUUGACCAUCCUGACCAAGACCAUUUGCAAAAUUUUGACACAGAUAUUUUAGUCACAGAGAUAAUCCUGAGAAGAUAUCAAAGCUGUGCCCCUGACAACUUAAACUUAACAAAAGACUGGGCAAGUGUGUCUGAGUGUAAACAGCAGAAAGUAUGUGACAGUGCAUUUGACCACUGUUUAAGGGCUGCCCAUACCAAAAUCUUCCAAUGUAGUAAAUGUUUGAAAGACUUCACACAAUUGUCAAAUCUAAGUAGACAUAAGAUGAUAUGUAAGGUAGGGGAAACAUUUCACUGUAUAAAGUAUGGGAAAGCCUCUAACCCAUGCUCAGAUGUUACUAAACAUAAGAAAAUUCAUAUUGAAGAAAAAGGGUUUGAAUGUAGCAAAGUCUUUGAAUCUGACUCAAGCCUGUCUAAGCAUGAGAGAUGUCAUAAUGGACAGAAACUCUACAAGUGUGAAAAUGAUGCCAAAUGUCUUCACCUUAGAUCAAAAUAUUGUAACCGUGAGAGUAUUGAUAGUGGAAGAAAACCCUACAACUAUGAAGACUGUGACAAACUUACCAAGCAGUACUCACAGCUUUCUGGACAUAAAAGAAUUCAUUCUGGAGAGAAACCCUACAAAUGUCAACAAUGUGGCAAAGCCUUUAAUUAUAAUUCCUCCCUUACUAAACAUCAAAGAAUUCAUUCUGGAGAGAAACCCUACAAAUGUCAACAAUGUGGCAAAGCCUUUCACCAAGCCUAUGUCCUUUCUAUGAUGUAG